CGCCGGGGCGCGUUCCGAGGAAAUUCGGGACUCCAGUUUCCCGGGGAAGAGGCGCGGCUGCAGCCCGGCGAGGGUGCGCAGGGCGGGUGCAGGUGGACCACGGCGGCCCCCGCGCCCAGCUGUGACCUUGGCCGCAGGGGAGGGGCCGGGCCGCUGCGGGGCAGCCGCGGCCGCCAGAGGGGGCAGCGGAGAAGAACUUGCCCAACUUGGCGGCACGGGCUGGGGCGGCUCCGCGCCUCCGCGCCUCCGCGCCCGCCUCCCCGGCCUCCGCCUUCUCCUCGCCAGCGAGCCUCCUCCCCUGGGCCCUCCUCCCGUCCUCCCCGCUGCCGCCGCCGCCGCCGGUUCCGGUGCGCGCCCAUCCCUGCCCGCAGCCCCGCGCACCGGUCGAGUCGCUGAGCCGCGGCCGCCGGACGGGACGGGACGGACUGGGCCGGGCGCGCCCCCAGGGCCCCGCCGUGGGCAUGGGCGCGCUGGCCCGGGCGCUGCUGCUGCCUCUGCUGGCCCAGUGGCUCCUGCGCGCCGCCCCGGAGCUGGCCCCCGCGCCCUUCACGCUGCCCCUCCGCGUGGCCACGGCCACGAACCGCGCUGCUGCGCCCACCUCGGGACCCGGGAGCCCCGCCGAGCGCCGCGCGGACGGCCUGGCGCUCGCCCUGGAGCCCGCCCUGGAGUCCGCCGCGGGCUCCGCCAACUUCUUGGCCAUGGUGGACAACCUGCAGGGGGACUCUGGCCGCGGCUACUACCUGGAGAUGCUGAUCGGGACCCCCCCGCAGAAGCUACAGAUUCUCGUUGACACUGGAAGCAGCAACUUUGCCGUGGCGGGAGCCCCACACUCCUACAUAGAAACGUACUUUGACACAGAGAGGUCCAGCACAUACCGCUCCAAAGGCUUUGACGUCACUGUGAAGUACACGCAGGGCAGCUGGACGGGCUUUGUUGGGGAGGACCUAGUCACCAUCCCCAAAGGCUUCAAUAGUUCUUUCCUUGUCAAUAUUGCCACUAUUUUUGAAUCAGAGAAUUUCUUUUUGCCUGGGAUUAAAUGGAAUGGAAUACUCGGCCUAGCUUAUGCCACACUAGCCAAGCCAUCAAGUUCUCUGGAGACCUUCUUUGACUCCCUGGUGACACAAGCAAACAUCCCCAAUGUUUUCUCCAUGCAGAUGUGUGGAGCCGGCUUGCCCGUUGCUGGAUCUGGGACCAACGGAGGUAGUCUUGUCCUGGGUGGAAUUGAGCCAAGUUUGUAUAAAGGAGACAUCUGGUAUACCCCUAUUAAGGAGGAGUGGUACUACCAGAUAGAAAUUCUGAAAUUGGAAAUUGGAGGCCAAAGCCUUAAUCUGGACUGCAGAGAGUAUAAUGCCGACAAAGCCAUCGUGGACAGUGGCACCACGCUGCUGCGCCUGCCCCAGAAGGUGUUCAAUGCAGUGGUGGAGGCUGUGGCCCGCGCAUCUCUGAUUCCAGAAUUCUCUGAUGGUUUCUGGACUGGGUCCCAGCUGGCUUGCUGGACGAAUUCGGAAACACCUUGGUCUUACUUCCCUAAAAUCUCCAUCUACCUGAGAGACGAGAACUCCAGCAGGUCAUUCCGUAUCACGAUCCUGCCUCAGCUUUACAUUCAGCCCAUGAUGGGGGCUGGCCUGAAUUAUGAAUGUUACCGAUUCGGCAUCUCCCCUUCCACAAACGCACUGGUGAUCGGAGCCACAGUGAUGGAGGGCUUCUACGUCGUCUUCGACAGAGCCCGGAAGAGGGUGGGCUUUGCAGCGAGCCCCUGUGCAGAAAUUGCAGGUGCUGCAGUGUCUGAAAUUUCUGGGCCAUUCUCAACGGAGGACGUAGCCAGCAACUGUGUCCCCGCCCAGUCUUUGAGCGAGCCCAUUUUGUGGAUCGUGUCGUACGCGCUCAUGAGUGUGUGUGGAGCCAUCCUCCUUGUCUUAAUCGUCCUGCUGCUGUUGCCGUUCCGGUGUCAGUGUCGCCCCCGGGACCCUGAGGUCGUGAAUGAUGAGUCCUCUCUGGUCAGACAUCGCUGGAAAUGAAGAGCCAAGCCGGACCUCAAGCAACUGUGGACUCAGCUAUUAAAAAAAAAAAAUUCACAUUUCAAGGGCAGCGGCCACCCGUCUUCAAUCUCCGUUCUGCUCCCAGAUGCCUUCCAGAUUCACUGUCUUUUGAUUCUUGAUUUUCAAGCUUUCAGAUCUUCCCUACUUCCAAGAAAAAUGAUAAUGAAAAAAAAAAAAAUUCUAAACCAAAACAGAGUGGAUUGGGCUGCAGGCUCUAUGGGAUUGGCUAUGCCAAACUGUCUAGGUGUGCCACGAACACAAAACCAAACCAAGUGUUG